CGCUUGGAGGCGGCGCGCCGCUCAGCCCGGCCGCUCGGGCUGGGGCCACCAGGGCCGGCGCAGGCAGGCAGGCAGGCAGGCAGAGCCCGGGCCGGGCCCGGCUCAAUCCCGGGGAGGCAGCUCCAGGGCCGCCGGCUCGUUUGCCUUGCCCCGCGCCGCAGAGCGGGUCGGAGGCAGCCAGGUUCAGGAUGGGGCCCGGCCGGCUCCCCUUCCUGCGGAGGGCCCUUGCCCGGCUCAGGGAAAGCCACGCCGAAGCUGCACUCCCCGAGGAUGCGGAGAGGGUGCUGCGGAGCCAGGCCAAGGCGGUCCGCGCGCGCAGGCUGCGCCAGCUGAUGGAGCCGGCGGGCGCCCCGGAACGCGCCUUGACUCGCCAGGCCAUGGAGCAGAUGCGGUACCUCAGCCGGGAGUGGCCCGACGAGUGGCCCGUGGUCCGCCUGGCGCGAGGCUUCCAGGUGCAGCCCGAGGUGGUGCGCAGGGUCCUGAGGAGCCGCUUCUCCCCUUCCCCGGAACGGAGACGCGAGCAGGACGCCCAAGCCGGCGGCGGCGGCGGCGGCAGGGGCCCCCUGGCCAGCGAGGACACCUUCCGGCUGCUGCCCGCCAGCUCCGAGGGGGCGCUCGCCCGGCUUGCUGCGCCCCCGGCACGGGCUGGCCACGCUCCAGUGGCUGCGCAGCGAGUGAACCGGGACCGGGGGGCUCCGGGCAGCGGGGCAAACUGGGACGGGCAGCUGGCGAGCGAAGUGGAGCUGGCGGCGGCAGGAGGGCCGCCCCAGCGAGGCGUCGUGCAGAGGGGCCACGAGUUCUUCGACAGUGACGGGAACUUCCUCUACCGGAUCCCCCCAGGUGCCGCAACCUCCAAGGAGGAGAGCCAGUGAUGCGCCAAGCCCGCCUCCACGCCUGGUUCUGGCAGCAGCCUGUCCGGGCAUCCUUACUUGCCACCAUCCAUGGCCUAGAAGGGAGGCCCACAUUCGGCUUUGACUCUCAGGGAAGCAGUCAGCUUCACGCCUGCAGACUGGCAAAAAGCAUCCUGCACUGGAAGCAAAUUGCCUUUAUGUGGGAACCAGGUCUGUGCUUCAAAAACACCCUGGUUCAUACAUAAUGCCAAUUCACGGGUAAUUCAGCGCAUGAAUGGACAGGAGUGAGCACGUUGCCUUUUGCACACUUGUUGCUUCCAUUUUUAAUCAGCUGUCAUCAACAACUUUUUAACUCUGGGCUAUUGUAGGGUUAAAACCAUGGGCAACUGUUCAGUUAAUCUCUGCAUUGUAUAAUCCUAAACAAUCCAAAAUUUCGAGUUUGGAGGUCACAUCAAACAACCCAGGAAUAGGGCAUUGCUGGGUUGUUGAUAAAAGCUAAUUCAAAAGCACUCAUUUUCCCAUUCACUGUUUAAACAACCCAUGGGUUGAACUCUCUGGCUGAGUUCGGACGACACGCUAAUCGUGUCGCCUGAACUCAGCCUCUGUGUGUUUGGUGAGGAAGGCAGAAGCUAGCUAGCUUUUGCAGUAUGAACUUCUUAAGAAUACCACUUCCUCAGACUUCAGUUCCCCCUUCAAUGUACCUUGAAAACCUAGCUGGGAGAUCACUCACUCAGGGUGUAGAAGCAGCUGAUUUGUUCUUUUUGUGGCCAUGAGAGAAGAGUUUUCCAACUUGCACUGCAAACUUCCCAGGUAGGGCCGUUGUUGCUGCAAAUGGUACUCUCUGUGAUGUUUUACUGUUUGUUGCCAAUUUGUAUAAUGUGUAUUUGUAAAUCAGUGGAAGAGAGUGGAGAGAAUGUGAAGUGAAUGCUGAUUGGCUGGUGGUUCAAAGGUCUGGAUUGGUUAUUAGUACUGAGGGGGAGGAGAGGCAGUAGAAUGUAUGUGUGAGAGAGAGUUAGUUGGAGUUCGGGUCUGCUGAAGUUGAAGUUAAGAUCUGGGGUUUGGCUGAGAAGGUCUAGUGAGACUGUAGGAACAACGGCUUUUAUUAUUUUGGGCACACAUUGAUUGGGAGGAGAGUGUGUAGAAAAGGGGUAGCAUAGGCAGGAUUGCAAAUGAAACUAUGAAACAAAACAGCAUUGAACCAGAUGAAACCAUAAGCUUUGUAACAGCAUAACCUUAUUGCUAAUUAAAGUUCUUUCGCUUUCAUAAA